AUGGACAUCACACCAGUAUUCAACGAAUUCUUGCGGAAGCGCAAUGCGCCCAUCGUCACCGAGAAGAAGCUCAGCCUCGAAGCGAUCGACGGCUUCCUGAAGGAGGCCUACAGAAUAAACUCCCACAUCACGAACCUACACAACGAGCUCAAGGAUGUCCGACAAGCAUACCUGUCGACAGCGCAGCCGCGCAAGACGCAUAUCCACGCGGCCGCCGCCCAGCAGCCGCGACACCUGACCGACCGCGACCGCGAAGAAGUCGACGCCAACGCGAAGCAGAUGCUCCGCGAGCUGAACGCCAGCAUCACGGCCCUAAAGGAAGCGGAGCUCCUCCGCCGCGAGACCGAGACGGCCGUCAUCCGCAAAAAGUACGCUCGCGGGUUGGGCGCGCUCGGUGCGUGGGCUGCCGCGAGUGACGGCAACAGCGACAAGGGGAAAACGGCUGAGCAUGCCGCGGCCGAGGCCCGCGCGAAGACCAUUGAGCAGCACCGCGAUGAGGUGAUCCAGUGGUUGAGGCUGGGGUUGCAGCGGUGCGGGAGGACGCAGCAGGAUAUGAUGGAGGUGCGGCUCACGAGGGAGAUGGAGAAGAACCGGAGCGUGCUGGCCAAGGCGGGCGGGGGCGGCGCGAUGCCUGAGCUGGGGGGGUUCUACGAGUCGAUGGGCAAGAAAGCCGCAGCCAAGGCCGGUGGUGGGUUGCCGCCUGCGGAUGAGGGCGUGUCGUCGUCAUACGAUCCCCGGGAGAGUCUCACCGAGGAGCAAAUUCAAAUGUUUGAGAAGGGAAACCAGGAUAUGCUUCAGCACUACAACAGUACGCUGGACAAGGUCAGGACGGCGGAGAAGUCGCUGCUCGAGAUCGCGGAGCUGCAGACGCUGCUGGUGAGCAACCUGGCGACGCAGUCGGCACACAUUGAGCAGCUUGUGGCGGAUUCGGAUAACAUCACGGCGGACGUCGGGGGCGGUAACAAGCAGCUGAAGAAGGCGACGCAACGACCAAGCGCUGCGAGAUAUACCUUUUUUGCCUCGGCGGGGUUGUGCACGUUUUUGAUUCUUUGGGAUUUAAUUAUAUAG